GCAGGAUGUUGAAAUCUGAAGGUUUCCUGCCGUGAUUCCCAAGUCGUUUGAAAGAUGUGGAGGAUUCCAUCGCUGAUAGACAGUAAAGAAUGAUCCUCACCUGUCGUCCAGAAGACAUGUCCAGAUAAUUUCUCUGCUCUAUCUCCUGCGCUCCUCCUCAGAAACAUCAAACCUCAGAUGCUUGAGAACCUCUUUCAUUUAAAAACACAAAUCUCCAUUUUUAUCCCUGCUGUACCGGCCCAUGGAGAGACUACAGAUAGAGUCUGGAUAAAAUCAAGAAGGAGCAACAGAGAGAGAAAAGAAGACCAAAAGAAGAGAGACUCUCUUUCUCUCUGUCUCUCAGAGGGCAGUUGCGCUGAGCCGGCAGGUUUGGGACUUUGGCUUUUGCACACCCCUCAGGAAAAGUCAAAGAGACACACGCUGUAUUUGCCACCGACAUCAUUUGCCUAAGAAGGGAGUACUUCUUGUGUCUGGUUGCCUGAAAUGAAGGCAAAGUGUGGUUCCACCGUGUGGCCCCUGGGGCCGGUGCUGUUAGCCGGGCUCUUCGUGGUGGCGGGGGCCCUUGAAUUCGGCGGCGGUCCCGGGCAGUGGGCGCGUUACGCCCGUUGGGAGGCGGGCAGCAUCGGAGAGCUCAGCUUUAGCCUGAAAACAAACGUGAGCAAAGCGCUGGUCCUGUACCUCGAUGACGGAGGGAACUGCGAUUUUCUGGAACUGCUGAUCGGCGGCGGACAUCUGCAGCUCCGAUUCGCCAUCCACUGCGCCGAACCCGCCUUGCUGCAGAUGGAAACCCGCGUCAACGACGACCGAUGGCACAUGGUGCUGCUUACCCGUAACUACCGCGAGACCAUGCUGAUGGUUGACGGCGAGACCAAAGUGGAGGAAGUCCGUUCCAAGCGCAGAGAAAUGGCCGUGGUCAGCGAUCUCUUUGUGGGAGGAAUUCCGCCUGACGUGCGUCUGUCCGCCCUCACGUCUAGCACGGUGAAAUACGAACCUCCGUUUAUGGGAUUGAUCUCCAAUCUGAAGGUGGGAGAGAUGCCGCCGACUCUGCUGAACAGUAACGGGAUUCAGAAUGAUCUAGAGUACCUGUGCAGCAAGCAGAACCCGUGUCUGAAUGGAGGAUACUGCACCGUCCAGUUUGGAGAAGUUCACUGCGACUGUUCGAACACGCGCUUCAGAGGAAAAUACUGCAAAGAAGGUAAAACUUUGGCCUCUUUUUCUGUUGAUGGUCAUUUAGAGUGAGGUGAAAUCUGUGUUGUUUGACCCAAUAGUUUUUCCAAACAGCAUGUCGGAGUCUGUGGUUCUGUGUAGUGUUGCUUUCAUCAACGAAAAUUAUGACUAAAUAUGGUCGUCAACGAACCUUUAUCACGUGACGAAAAUGAGACGAGACGCAACGUAAAUGCUGGUCAUGUGACGAUGACUACAAUUAAAUGUAUAAUGCAAUAUUGUUGACGAAUAAAAACGAGACUAAAUGUGGUUUACAAAAUAAAAACUAUGCUAUAAUGUCUCUUCAUUUUCGUUGACCAAAACGAGACGAGACGAAAUGUUAUAACGUUAUUUCGCAUUAUGCUUUAACCUAGAUGCGGAGUGGAAUCCUGUUAUUUAAA